UGUAGUCAAUUCGAUCCGCGUCCCGGUUAAGUAAUAACUUAGUAGUCGGUAGUUGUGUACCAAGUGCUCUAUACUCAUGACGUGUGUUACGUAAACCCACAGUUAAGCAAGCGAUAAAAAUGGAGCUUCUAAUCAUUUUAACGGCGCUGCUAACCUUGACUUCGGCAGAUAAACACUGUCGGGGUGUAAACAUUGAUGACAAGUACUACAAUCUCAAUAUUAUCAAAGAGGGAAUCAGCCAUAUACAUGAUUUAGUUGUGAAUAGGAACGAUAAUUCUAUAUACUUCACUUUCGAGGAUGUUACAGAGCAAAAAUUUCCGCAAAAUCGUUUAGGUCACAUAGACAUUGAGACAAAAGUGGCAAAGAUCAUUGAUGGUAUAAUAAACGCUACAGCCAUUGCGAUCGACAAUUUCAACAACAAAGUCUACAUCGGAGGAUCCAAUGGCAUAUACAGAUUCAACGAACAGAAACUUCCAGAUAGACUACCGAUACAAGACGACGUGAUAUCUAUGCAUUAUAAAAACGGUUUAUACUUUGUCAAUAGACGAAAUGAAGCAUACAAGUUUGAAGAUGGAUUUGCUACUCCAGUACCAGAGUUGCAAGGAGUUAAGGUUGACAGAUUAAUAAUAGACGAUGAUAAUAACAUAUUCUUUACUCGAGAGAAAAAAUUGUUCAGAGUAAAAUUAGGCACAAGAGCUAUUAACACACACGAAAGUCAUGUUGCUAAUUUCAUAGCCACAGAUAAUUAUGCUAGAACCUAUUUGUGCACGGACAAAGGUCUAUAUGUUUAUAAUAAAUACAAAUUUGUGUUUGAUAGGAAAGGCGAUUUACGUAAUUUGAAGGCUUUGUCGUUUGGUAAAAUGAACGAGCUCGUUUAUGCUGUGGCUGAUUAUAUUGUUAAGCUUAGUUUAAGUUCACUUGGUUGUUUUGAAGAUUGAAUAUUGGAAGUUAGAAGUCCGUAUAUAGUUAUGUAUGUAGGUAAUUCCACAGAGUAGGUAUAUUGUUUAUACCUAUAUGGAGAAUUCAUAACCGCGUAGCCAUGAAUAUAUGGUUUGCUUUAAUUACUAAACAGUACGUAUAAAUAAUAUAAUAGAUGGAUGGAUAUAUGUUUAAUUCAAAAAUACAGAAUAAGAACGUUUGAUGCAUUAAAAAAUGCCUAUAAACCUUGUA